AGGUGGAUGAUGAGGGGCACGUGCUGAUGAGCCGAUGAGCCAAUAGCAGCUCAACCCCCGACCCCUUACAGUCCAUCACACACUCCUCACACACUCCUCACACACUCCUCAGUGCACACACACUCCGAGCGCGCGGACAUCAGAGUUCCACCAGCAGGUCAGGAUCAGGAGCUUCUGGAAGAAUUUAGAAGAUUCUCUGGUGUGCUAAAGUUCCUGCUGGGCUCUCCUCGGUUUCUCCCGGGUUCCUCCUCCAUGCCUGCAGGUAUGCUGCUGUCUAUGUGCAGUGCUGACCCCAUGGAGAGGGAGCGCAGUGCAGCUGGACUCACCUCUUACUGUCCGCUGCCUGGCCCAAACUUCCUAAAUGUUCUGAAGACACACUCCUCCCUGCAGCCCCCCCUGCACCCCACCCUGCACCCCCUGAUGAUGCCUUUCCCCUUCGGUGGGACACCCCCUUUCUUCAGUCGGAGCAGCCCCCCAGCAGCGCUGCAGGACCCAAACUUCGGCCCACCCUGCUUCAAACGGCCCGCCUGCCAGGAGCCCGAUGAGCCAGUGCAGAGGGUCCCCGACCACGUCUGGCCCUACCGUAGCCCACCUACAGACAAAUCUUCACCCUCCUCUUCCUCCUCCUGCUCCUCAUCUUCCCCAGCUAAACACACGGUGGCCCACCUGGAGCCCACCCACACCUACAAUUUCACUGAGGAGGACCUGUUCACUGUACUGUACGGCUACUCCAGACAGAACCACAACAAAACACCUGCACACGCAAUCUCUGGACUGUCCAGCUCAGUUUGUGAAGCUGCUGAUGUUGAUACUGAGGGAUUGGAGCUUCCAGAAGGUUUGUUGAUCCAGCAGUCGCUCUGUGGCAGUGUGGGGCGUUUGGGGGUGUUUGUGGAUGGGAGCUCGGUUCCUAAGGGCAGCCGGUUUGGACCCUUCAGGGGGAAACUGGUCAACACCAGCGAGAUCAAAACACACGACGACAACACACUGAUGUGGGAGAUCUUCGAGCACGGGCGUCUGAGUCACUUCGUGGACGGUCGGGGGGCUCGUGGUCACUGGAUGCGGCUGGUGCAGUGCGCUCGCUUCCCUGAGGAGCAGAACCUGGUGGCCCUGCAGGUUAAAGGUCAGAUUUACUACGAGGCCUGCAGGGAGGUGCAGCCCGGUCAGGAGCUGCUGGUCUGGUACGGAGAUGCUUACAUCCAGUUCCUCGGAAUACCGCUGACCCUCAAAGAGUUCGGAGAGGAGAGUGAAGCCGUUAAUCCUGCAGAGGACUCAGCGGAGGGCUACAGGUGUGACCGCUGUGGGAAGGUGUUUGCAUACAGGUAUUACAGAGAUAAACACCUGAAGUACACGCGCUGUGUGGACCGUGGCGACCGCAGCUUUCCCUGCAACCUCUGCAGCAGAUCAUUCGAAAAGAGAGACCGCCUGCGCAUACACAUCCUGCACGUUCACGAGAAGCACAGACCACAUAAGUGCUCGGUGUGUGGUAAAAGUUUCUCUCAGUCCUCCAGUCUGAAUAAGCACAUGCGGGUGCACUCGGGCGAGCGGCCGUAUAAGUGUGUGUACUGCAGUAAGGCGUUCACGGCCUCUAGUAUUCUGCGCACUCACAUCCGCCAGCACUCGGGCGAGCGGCCGUUUAAGUGCAGCCACUGCGGAAAAGCCUUCGCCUCACACGCCGCACACGACAGCCACGUCCGCCGCACACACACCAAGGACAAGCCGCUGUCCUGCGCUGUGUGCGGGUGUGUGUGUCCUGGUCCAGAAGAGCUGCAGCAGCACAUGAAGAGCCAUGAGAAGUGGCCACUGUGGGAGAGUUCAGCAGGAAUGGAGAACACACUCACCCUCACACGCCGACCCUGACACACACAUACAUCCUGACACACACACUCUGACACACACAUACUCAACAUACACACACAUUCAACAUACAACAUACACACACAAACACUUAUGCCAAGUGACUGCACAGAAAGUUAAAUCACUGCUGAUGAUGGCUUCAUUUUUACUUCCUCACUGCUGAUCCAGUUUGACAGCAGCUUAUUUACAUAUUUGCAUAUUAAGAUGUUUAUAUUUAUGGAGCGCUGCCUUGAUGCUAAAAUGUUGUUUUGGUCUGUAACUUAUUGUGAUUUUAUUUAUUUAUUCUUUAUCUUAUUGUUAAUGUGUAAGAAAGAGAGAGAGAGAGAGAGAGAGAGAGAGAGAGAGAGUGUGUGUGUGUUUGUGUUGUUUGUUUUAACUCGUUUGUAUGUGAUGCUGCAAUGCCACCAUCAAUAAACUUAAUAUUAUUAAAAUAACAAUUAUUGUUAAUACA